UCCCACUCACUCCCCUUCUCUCUCUUCUCACAUACAAAACCACUCGCACACAUGUCAUGUUGCUCCAAGCUGCGCAUGGUUACUGUCCAAGGUAUUAGUUUCUCUCAGCAUGUCAGAGAGGGAGAGGCUCAGGCACACUUUGCAAGCCAUGUAGCCGAGUCCAUUUUUUCCUCCUUCUUCUUUCGCACACCCCGAGAAAAAGAUGAGUGUAAAAAUCUUUUGAAACUUGUCCGGAGGUGUGGGCUUUUGUCUUUUUCAUAGCAGUGGUCAUCCCUCAAGACUAAGUCAAACUUGUCCGCCAGGUUUCCAGCAUUCCUGAGAUCGUUCAUCUACUGAUGCUCGCGGAGGCUUGUGCACAGUGCACUCUUGACAGUCAACAGCACCCCAAGCUGUUCCCUUCUGCCUCAGAGGGACUUUAAGGGACUUAAACUUACCACGGGAGCAUCCUCUGCCUGGGGCAGCUGCACAGGUACCUCUACACUGAGGACAGGCUAAGGAGACAUCAUGAAAGAGAGCUAUUGUGGCUAUGAGAACCAACUCUUCAAAGAGGAGGAUCUGACCGGGGAGGAGGAAGAGAUGCCUCCCUUCAGAGGAAGGACACGGGGUGGCUGUGUGAAGUGCCAGCAAACACACUCCCUCCAACUGGCUGUGAAGGUGCUCUACGGCUUCCUCGCGUUCCUCAUCAUUGCUGUGGCGGUGCUGGCUUCCCUUGUGUUUAGGAAAGUUGACAGCUUAUCUGAAGAGGAAACAUUUUAUCAAAAGAAGAUAACAAAAGUUUCGCAGAGUAUACAAGAUCUUGGAGCAGCCAACAACUGCACAGAAUGCUUCAACCUUGCACACUUCCGAGAGGAGGUUGGCAAGCUGAAGAAGGAGUUUGAGGACAUCCAGAAGCUGGUCCUGGGCCACGAUCAGACGUUGCAACAGGCCACUCAGACACAGAGUACUCUCUCACAGUCCAACAACAGGAUGUUCAGGGACCUCCAGAGCUAUGCUGUCACCAUGAAGUGGAUUAACCAGUCACUCACCCAGUACCUCCACCAGGUGAAUGGAUGGCAGGCGGUGAUGAACGAGACGGACCAGGGCAUGAAGACCCUGGUCCAGGACCAGUAUGACCUCAAAAUGACGGUACAGACGGUGAACACGACAGUGGGGUUGAGCGCAAUGUGGAUCGAUGCGCUGCAACGCAAAGCCGACGAGGACACACUUGUGCUGCAGAAGAUGACAACGGAGUGGCAGAACUACAGCCGCAUCCUGGGUUCGCUGAAGUCUAACUCGAGCGCCACCAUGCAGUCGGUGCGCAGUGUCCAGAGCGGCAUCUCGGCCACCCACCAGCGCAUCAGCCUGAGCUCGGAGAUGGUCCACGACCUGACGCUGCAGGUAAUGAACCUGCAGAUGCAGCUGGACAACGUCUCAUCGUUCAUUGACGAGCACGAGGAGAACAUGCACGAUCACCAGUACCACUCGCGGUACUACGAGAACCGUACCAGCGAGCGCUUUGGCACAUUGGAAGCCCGCAUGGGUGCCAUUGAGAUGGAGAUCGACACCAUCUCGUCCAGCAUCAAUGCCACCGUCAGCCACGUGCAGAGCAUGUACAAGUACAUCAACAUCGAGAGCUCCUCGUGUCAGACGAGGCUCGGGAGCCACACGGAGGAUCUGCAGAACCUCAACAACACGGUGCUUCUGCUGUUGCACUUAGCCGACACGCUGCGGACCCAGUACAUGCUCAUGAGUGUGCGUCUGGACAUGGACGUGCGGAAUAUCUCCAUGGUGAUGGAGGAGAUGAAGCUGGUGGACACCCACCACGGCCAGAUUAUUCAGAACUUCACCAUCCUGAAAGGUGCUCCAGGUCCACCUGGCCCGAAGGGAAAUCGAGGAGACACUGGCACUAAAGGAUCUAUCGGCCGAAUCGGAAACAAAGGGGACACUGGGCCGGCUGGACUACCUGGGGCAUUGGGACCAAAUGGCUUUCCUGGCCCCAAGGGGGCAACAGGUGAGCCUGGACCCACCGGGGUGAAAGGAAACCCUGGAGUCAAAGGUGCCAAGGGAUCUCUGGGGCAGCCCGGAUCACGAGGGGAUAGGGGCCAGAAGGGCGACAUAGGAGUGAUUGGGAAAGACGGCAUUCCCGGUCCCAAAGGUCCGCCGGGAAUACAAGGACAAGCAGGCUUACCUGGGCUGCACGGCAUACCUGGGCCGAGGGGAAAACCAGGUCCUGUUGGUCCACCUGGCCCACCAGGAACACCGGGACACCCAGGCCUACCUGCCACCGCAUCUUGAACAGCUUCUUAAAGCAAAUCAUGCCCUUUAUCCUGAGUGGAGACGCACUGACAGCCAA